AUGUCAUGUGAAAGUGCACUUGAUGAAGGAAGAUCAACUCGUCCAAUUUAUUUAAAACAAAUCAAAUUUAAAUGUUUACAAAUUUUAAUAAAUAUAACACGAAAUAUUCCCGUAGCAGAUACAAAAAUUGAACAAAUGAAUUUAAUAAAAUGGUUGGAAAUAAAUAAGAAAAAUAAAUGGAAAAAUUUAAAUCGAACGCAUGAAUUUAUCGAUCAAUAUUUUUGCAAUGAUGCAGUUCAAUGGUAUAUAACUGACACAUUUAUGUAUUAUUGUUUAAAUGAUGUUCUUCGUACAGAUAAUAUUGAUGAUAUAUUACAAUUUGCCUUUUAUAUUGUUGAUCUCUAUAAUCAAAUUGAUGCGGCUCAUGCGAACUUUAUUCACACAUUAUCAUCAUCACAAACGCAAAUGACAGUAUAUCGUGGACAAAUAAUGCUUGUCAAUGAUCUGAAAAUGUUUACCAAUAGUAUUGGUAAAUCUUUAUCGGUUUCCACAUUUUUUUCUACAACAAUUGAUGCUAACACAGCCAUUCAUUUUAUGACAACGAAAUAUCGUUGGAUACCUUCAGAUCAAAUACCGAUAUUGUAUAAAGUGAGGGUAGAUUUAUCUUCUCAUGGAUAUAAACCAUUUAUUUGCAUAUCUGACUUAACUAAUUCGUACAUUGGAACCGAAGUAUUAUUCGUAAUUGGGACGGUAUUUAACAUUGAUUCUGUUGAAGAAGUGAGUACCAUUUCACAGAAUUCUGAACAUAAAUUAAGAUAUUGGUUAAUAAAAUUAUCUUUAAAUAAUAACAGUAAUGAUGAGGAUAAUGUAAUCAAUAUUCUUGUAUUUCAAUUAAUUGAAAUGUUACGCCGUUUAUCACCGUAUAUGAAAAAUACAAAAACAAAACUUUUAUAUCAAUGUCGAAACUUAUGUAAAAAUAACAAUAUUCAAUUAUUGCAAAUUGAUGAUUUUGAUAGAAAUUAUAAAGAUGACGAUGCUUUAAUGUGGUAUACAAAAGAUACGUUUCUCUAUAGAUUAUUGAAUAAAGCUCUUAGAACAAAUAAUAUUGAAUACAUUCUUAACUUUAGUUUUGUUAUAUUAAGUAUUUAUGAUCAAUUACAUCAUUUUCAUACGGAACGUCUUCAGUCAUUGAUUGUAAAUGAAAAUAAGAUUGUCGUUUAUCGUGGACAAUUACUUGAUAAAAAUGAAUUAACUGAACUUAAACAUAAUAUUGAUAAAUUUAUUACAGUAACUCAAUAUUUUUCGGCAACUACAUGGAAAAAACUUGCUGAAAUAUAUUCUGGUGAAGGAUCUCAACAUCCAUUAUAUGAAUCAAUUCUAUUUGAAAUUGAUGUUGAUCUUAGUGUAAAAAAAUGUAAGUCAUUUGCAAAAAUUAAUAAAUUUAAUUUUGUAUUUGGUGAGAAUGAAGUAUUAUUUACACCUGGUACUAUAUUCAAAUUAGAUUCUAUUCAGAAGAAUGAAAUUAAUAACAAUAUGUGGAUUAUUUAUUUAACACUUAUUAGUGAAGAUAAAGAAGAAAUUGUUGAAUUGAAUAAGUAUUUAGACGCAGUUUUGAUAAAAUUAGAGCAAACACUCUUAAAUUCACCAUUAUUCACCGUUAAUCAAAUAUUUGAUUUAAUUCAAGAGAAAAGUAAUAUGAAAGGUAAUUAUACAACAACUGAAUGUUGUUCUAAUUCGUUCAAUAAAGAGACACUAUCAAUGAUUCGUGGAACUAUUUGCUUCGAUGGAAAUAUUAGAGAAUUUCAAUUUUUCAGGAUAAAUGGUAGUGGGGAUCAACUACACAAUAAAGGCUAUGAAAUUGAUCGAUUAUUUCCUACAAAAAGCUUGUGUGCAUCGUAA